CCUAUGGCACUGGCAGACCUAUUUUCUGCCAUAAUUUAUUUAGCAUAUUUAAGUAGCCUGCAGGCUACUCAAAAUGUAGGCUGUAAUUGAAAACAAUACUGCAUUUUAAAUUGUGCCUCUUUGCAAGGACAGGCAAGAAAUUGGUCAUGUAGUCUAGGAAUUACCCAUAUUUUCUGUCUCUAUUUGAGGAGUAGCCUAAUUUUGGUGAGAGUCCAUGUUCUCCAUGCCGCUGUCCUUUUUAAAUUAAUACAUCCACUAUUGAGGACGUUUUUUAAAAUUAUUAUUAUUAUUAACACUCUCUAAAGACUACAGUGACAGCUUCUCGACGUUGGGAUUUAGGUUUUGUACCUGUAUUCUUGCGCUGAUCUACACAUUUUUGUGCAUGAGGCACCGUUUCCAGGCCUUAUCCUUUGCUUUAAUUAUUUAUUUACGUGUAAACUGCAGUCUUGCUAUCAAAACAUUGAUGGUCGAUAAUUCCCAUCUCUGUUGAGGGCCGAACUAAAACACCUUCAUUUAUUUUCAUCUCAAAUUGGAGUAGGCUGGCACACAGUCAUUAUGGCUCGUCCACGGCCACGGGAGUACAAGGCAGGAGAUUUGGUUUUUGCGAAGAUGAAGGGAUACCCACACUGGCCAGCGAGGAUUGAUGAACUUCCAGAGGGAGCUGUCAAGCCACCUGCUAAUAAAUAUCCCAUAUUUUUCUUCGGCACGCAUGAAACUGCCUUCCUGGGCCCCAGGGAUCUCCUACCAUACAAGGAGUACAAGGACAAGUUUGGCAAGUCCAACAAGAGGAAAGGUUUCAACGAGGGUCUGUGGGAGAUCGAGAACAAUGCAGGCGUCAAAUUCACCGGCUAUCAGGCCAUCCAGCAGCAGAGCUUUUCCAAGACGGCGGGAGAAGGAGGAGACGUGGCAGACGGGAGCAGUGAAGGAGAGGAGAGAGAUUCCAUAGAGGAGGUGGAAGAUGACAAAGGCAAACUGAAGGAAGACAGGGCCGGGUCCAAACGGAAAAAGACCGCCUCCUCUAAGUCGUCCAAGCUGUCCAGGAUCUCGUCUGGAGAGGAGGAUCUGGAGGACGGGAAAGAGGAGGAUCAGAAGAGCGGAUCGGAGGGGGGAGACCCCGAUAACGGCAUCAUCCAGAACACUGCCGACAGCAAGAACCAGUUGCUGAGAGAAGAACAUUAGGUGCUGAGGACAGCUGCAGAGGGAAGGGAAGGUAUAUAUAUAUUGCUGUCACGUCAUAUUGGAAUGGUCAAACUCCCAUAAUCACCACCUCUAGCACUACCUGUAAUGGGCGAUUCACGUCUAUCUCUAUGUAGAAACAACACUACAGUAUAUCACUACAUGUGUACAACUAUGCUUCAGCCAGUAGACGCCCAGGCUAGACUAGAGCCAAAGUAACUAGCUUCAAAACAACAUACACACACACUUGUGUCCCCGUCUCUUUCAAAAUCAGAACACCACAUUUCAUAUCUAAACAGUGUAAAAUAAGCAUCAAUUGAUAUUUAUAUUGACCCUUAGCCUCCACUCUCUGAUUAAUCCAUCAAUGAUGUCAUAUAGGUAAAAAUGUUAGCUAAUGUUUGAUAAAACUUGUAUGAAUAUACAGUAUAAUAUACUCCCUUGUGGUCUAUGAUGAUUGAUAUAUGUUGGGUAUUGCAGUGUUCUGAUCAUAAUAGUUGUAUCUUGGAUUUGCUUUUAUAAAACAAUGGUUUAAGGGGAGGGACUAGCUUAGGGUUGCAAAAUUCCAGAACAUUUUCAAAAAUGUCCAGUUUUCCAGAAAUCCUGGUUGGAAUAUUCCUAAAUUCAGGAGGGAAUAAGCAGGAAAUCCGGUGGUCAUACGACUGGAAUUCAUGGGAAACCUGAGAAUUUGGGGAAAGUUACUGGAAAUUUGAAAUGUGUGUUUAACUGACUGUAUAACAUAUCCAUAUCACUCAGCACUGUAUGUUGCUCUUUUAUGUAACCCGCAAAAGAUGAAUGGAAAAAGACAUAGAUAAAUGUAGGAAGUGUUGUGCACAAACCGACUCUCUAUCUAUAUAUUUGACUUUGGCUGUAGAGUAUAGGGCCAGUAUUCUACCUGACUGAUCUAGCUAACUACUCGUCCGCAUCCCAAAUGGAACCAUACCACCUACAUACUGUAGUGCACUACACUGCCUUCAUCUUUCUAUGGGAAGUGAUGAAUCGGUUUUAACGUGUGUCAGUAGAAUGGGUUAUGGUAUAUUUUAAAAGCUUUCUAUAGUGGCAUGCUUAACUGUUGUACACAACUACCUAGUUAUUUUCUUAACGUUUUCAAUUAUACUGAACAAAAAAGGUAAGCGCAACAUGUAAAAUGUUUCAUGAGCUGAAAUAAAAGAUCCCAGAAAUGUUUCAUACGCACAAAAACAUUAUUUCUCUCA